CAUAAGCAUUUCACAGAAGAAGCUCAGUGUGCGCGUUAACAGUGAAGUUAACGUCGCAGUGAAGCCAUUCCUGAAGAAACCGAUUUCUGCUUCCACAGCAUUGGAGCUGCUGCGCAUCAUGAAGCGGAUCGCGCUGCUGCUGGUUCUGAUCUGGGCCGCUCCUGCCGCUCGCUGCUACCCCUCAGGCUUGGUGUCGGAGAGCUGCGCGGACAUGACCCCCAACCACCACGCCGCUCCCCAGACCGCCGCCGCGCCGUUCACCGUGGGAGCGGAGCGGAGCGGCCCCGCGCAUGGAGGACAGGUCAAAGUCUCUCUCCAGGGUCCGAGUUCCGGUCCAUUUAUCGGGUUCCUGCUGGAGGCCAGAGAGCCGGGAGGCCGGUCUGCUGUGGGCUCGUUUCUACUGGGUUCUGGUCCGGCCCGGCUCCUCGCUUGCUUCCAGAAACCCAACUCUGCCGUCUCCCACUCCUCUGGUUCUCCAAAGAGCAACAUCCAGGUGACUUGGCAGCCGGACCGAGACAGAACCGUUGGAGCGGUCCAGUUCCAAGCCUCCUUUGUUCAAAGCUACAGAACUUUCUGGGUCGGAGUGAAAAGUCCGGUUCUGAGUCUGAAUGGAAGCCGGGCCGCGGAUACCGGCACCCCGCCUCCCGGCACCCCGCCUCCCGGCACCCCGCCUCCCGGCACCCCGCCUCCCGGCACCCCGCCUCCCGGGUUUGCUUCCAUCUCUAAUGUCGGCUGCGGUUCCACCAAGCUGUGCUUCAGCCAGCCCCCAAAAUGUAAUCCGGCCAUCAGCUCCAAAUGCUUCUUCAUGUCAGCCAGGCUUCUGACUCCGCCCAAAUCCGGGGUCCGGUACGAGCUGUGCGGACCUGCUGAAGGAUACAUAGCUUUUGGGUGGUCAGAUGAUCGGAAGAUGGGUAACGAUGACAUCUACCUCUGUGCCUGAGCAGCGCUGGAAUUGCUGAUGUGCAGCGGGCCUUCUCUGUUGGACGGAAAGCUCCGGUGAUUCAAUCUAAGGGACAUGUCUCAGAUAUACAGAUCUCCAACCAGAACAAGGUCCUGGCCUGCACAUUCACCUCCAAGAACGCCAUCUUCACUUCCAGGAGCUCCAACUUCAGCUCUGACAAAUUCUUCCACCUCCUGCUGGCCUAUGGACCCAGCACCAAUGGGAACAUCAUGAAGCACCGGAAAACUUACAGCAGCCCCCAAAAGAUGUCUCUGUCAUCUCCUGGUACGAUCCAUAGUGGAAAGGAUCAGAUGAUCAGAGCCCAUGGAGCCCUGAGGCUGGCCGCCUGCAUGACCUCCAGUCUGCUGGUAAAGAUGGCCACAGAACCAUAGAAGAGCAGAUAGCAGCGAUCCUGUGGAGCCUGACACGGUGGGACGGGACGUCCUGCUGGUGGCGCUCUUCCUCACCGGGAACCUGUCCUUCCUCAUCGCCCUGCUGGCUGGAAUAGGACAGGCGGCGUCUCCCUAGGCUCUGCUCAGCUCUCACUCUGAGUUCGUUCUGUUCCUCACAUGUUCAGCCGUGAUGCAGAGAUGAGUCCGUUAUGAUGCAGCUGAGGAUGAGUUACAUGUUUGUUCUACAGUGGAGAAACUUCAGCGCAUUAAAGAUUGAGUUAGUGACCAGCUGUUGGUUUAUGCAGCCAAAUAUCAGAAAAUAAAGAAAAACAACCCAAAAUCACGUCUGCUU